AUGACAGGGUUUUUUGAUUCGUUUAGAAUUUAUAGUCCAAAAAAACACGCAUCCUCAUCUGGUUUUGGGGGGAACUCUUCAAAUUCAGGCUCGCUAUCAGGCGGUACAAUGUAUCUUUAUUCUAAAGAGUAUGUACCUCCAUCUACCGAUAAUAAACUAGAGCAAAAAAACCAAGAUGAAACGAUAAUGGGAUCAUUAGAUACUAAUAAUAGUAACCCCAAUAAGGAUACUAUUAUUGGUGAUAGAAGAAACAGCAUUUCAAGCACUGCUAGUAGUAUUGAAGGUGAUACUGGCAUGAAAACGAAUUCACCUUAUAUGGUUGACAUUAGAAAAAUAACUCCUGUUGAAUUUGAAAAACUUUAUAACAGUGUCAAUAAGAAAGAUGGGAAUAUGUGA